GCUGGUGACAUGUACGUAAAUACAAGGAUGGCCGCAAAAGGACGUGGACUUGAUAUAAGCAUUGGAUUGCCCGUAUAUCCGAACCUUGGCUACGCAUGGUUGCCAUAGAGCAAGCUGAAGAGGAGAGAGCUGCGGGCAGACAAGCCCUUCCUCACUUCCCUCUCCCUCGCCCGCAACACCACCCACCUCACCUAAUCUCGCUAAUUGCCGGCGAUUUCCCUUGUCGAAACACGACUCGACAUACGACAACAACAAAAUCAAUGGUAUAGUAAGUAUUACCCCUUCCCUUCUUUUUUGCAAUUUUUUUGUCAUGUUGAGAUACAUAAAAGAGAAGAGUUCGAACUGCGGUAGCGUUGGUUUGGGGGAUUGAUUUUUUGCUAUUUUUGGGCGAGGUGAGGGUAGUUUUACUUGGGGCUGUUUACUUGGAGAGGGAGACUGUUAUGGUGGGGGGACGAGCGUAGAGGCACGCAGCUACGCAGACAUAUAUCAAGAAAUAAGACAUCUACUUUACGCGUUUACGGUCUUUUCACAUGUCCAAGGCGGACACGAGGACGGGCAUAUGGGCACUGGGACUUAGGCACGCGCUAGGAGGGCUACGAGUGUUCAACUUCGAGAACUUUCCAAGACACACCCAGUCUAAAAACCGGCUCAAAGGCACCCAAAGCCCCGCAGGCAGAAGAAGAUAAGAAGCAGCCCUUUGACAUCGAGUCCUCGACCCAUUUUCUCCUUCUGAAGCGCGUACGCGCACGCAAGACACGAACAGCCAGGCCCACGUACUCAGCUACUUACCCGCUGAAUUCCUCUCCAACGUUCCCGAUCUGCACUUCCUAGUCGCGAGAACCACGAUAACUCAAGACACAAAAACGUCAACACAACCCCUACCUGAUACCCUACCACGCAAGCAAACAGUUCGAGUAGGCCAUGAGCUUCCUGGGAAAACAAUUCUGCUUCGGCGGGAGGCGAGGACAAAUAAGAACGCGGAGGAAAUGAAAAACGAGGUAAUGAAGACAUCGCGGAGUUUUCUUGAUAAAUAAGCAAAGACAUAGAUAUACGGAUCUGCAAAACCACGAAGGCAGCCACUCUCGCCCCACCACACGAGCAGAUAAACGAUCGAUUCAUCAGACGUUGCUUUUUCCCUCGAAACACGACCGAAGAGAAUAAAAAACGGCAAACGAACACUACAAUGUGAAAAGAUUCUCAUGAAGAUAGCGCUGCCACAUAGCCUUAUUGCUCGCUUAUACUUGGACACGAAAGCUUGCAGGCUCGAGAGCUCGAUGGCUCCAACAAAAUCGCAAAGGCAAACACCAAUCCGCCUUCCCGUAACACCCGUGGCCGAGCAAUAGAGUGUUGGAAUAUUCUCCCACACAUCGACAAAAGCAAUGAUUUCGACUUUCGGCUCGAGUUUGAGAAUAGCUAACCAAGU